GGGGCAAAGUCCAGGGCUGUGCAGUCUCUUGUAGCUGCCGAGGGAGAAGGGUGAAUUCGAAGGCAACCUGCACCGAGGUUUCAUAGCACAGCCGUGGGGUUGAGAGCUGGGAGAAGUUCACUGUACAUGUCAUCCUUGAGCAGUCCCUGCAGAGCUUGCAAAAGAGCCAGAAGCCAGCUGAGAGAGGAGCAGGGAGAGUAGCGCUGCCAGUGCUGCCUCCUUGCCAUCCCCGUGCUGAUCCCUCUGCCUGCUGCAAAGCCUGGCCCCUCUGCAGACCUGUGCCUCGCUCAGUUCCUGGCUGAAGCUCCCUGGACAUAGGGGAGCAAAUUUCCCCUGCAGCCCCCAGAUUGUCCAAGUGUGCCGGGACUCAGCGGUGUCCUCCCGAGCCACCUGGUCUGUGCCUCCUGCUGCCAGGGACAGCCUUUUCCUAACCGGCCCCACCACCCUGGCACCAGCAAUACCCCAGCAGCGCAGUGCUCCUCGCACCGGGGUCCCGCUGGCCCCGGGACUCCAAUGGUCCAGGAGCAAGCCACAGCUAUGGGGACACUGUGCCAACAUGCCCAGCCCAGUGGCACAGAGGAUGAUCCGGAUAACCGGGCGAUGCUGGGUGCAACUGGAGCGGCCGUGGGUGCCCCCACGUACCAGCAUAAACAGGGCUGGGCUGAUCCGGAUAACCCGAGAGGGCCAAAAUUUUGCACCACUGCUGCCCUCACUGCUCAUCCCAGCUCUCCAGCACUGUCCCCAGGCAGAGACACUGCGGUGGGCAGCAUGGCAAAGAAGGUGGCCAUCAUCGGAGGGGGCAGCAGCGGGCUGUGUGCCAUCAAAGCCUGCCUGCAAGAAGGGCUGGAGCCCAUCUGCUUCGAGAGGACCGGGGACAUCGGAGGGCUCUGGAGGUUUGAGGAGCACCCCGAGGAGGGCCGCGCCAGCAUCUACCGCUCCGUCAUCAUCAACACCUCCAAGGAGAUGAUGUGCUUCAGCGACUUCCCCAUCCCCGAGGACUUCCCCAACUACAUGCACAACUCCAAGAUCAUGGAGUAUUUCCGCAUGUACGCCCGGCACUUCGACCUGCUCCGCCACAUCCGCUUUAGGACCAGCGUGUGCCGCGUGUCCAAGCGCCCUGAUUUCGCCACCACGGGCCAGUGGGAGGUGGUGACGGAGAGCGAGGGGAAGCAGGAGGAGGCCGUCUUCGACGCUGUGCUGGUGUGCACCGGGCACCACACCGAGGCACACCUCCCGCUGAGCACCUUCCCAGGCAUUGAGAAGUUCAAGGGCCACUACCUCCACAGCCGAGACUACAAGGAUGCCCAGAUUUUCACAGACAAGAGGGUUGUCGUCAUUGGGAUUGGGAAUUCAGGGUCAGACCUGGCCGUGGAGAUCAGCCAAACGGCCAAGCAGGUUUUCCUUAGCACCCGCCGGGGUGCGUGGAUCCUCAAUCGUGUUGGAAAAAAAGGCUAUCCCAUCGACACCAUCUUCACCACGCGCAUGAAGAUGUUCCUGAAGAACCUGCUGAGUGCAUCCAUGGUGAGCGACUUCACAGAGAAGGAGCUGAACGCGAGGUUCGACCACUCGCACUAUGGCCUGAAGCCAAAGCACAGGGUCAUUGACCAGCACCCGACUGUCAACGACGACCUGCCCAACCGCAUCAUUUCAGGCAGGGUGCUGGUGAAGCCAAACGUCCAGGAGUUCACGGAGACAUCUGCCAUCUUCGAGGACGGCACCAGGGAAGAUAUCGACGCCGUGGUCUUUGCCACAGGAUACAGCUUCUCCUUCCCCUUCCUCGAGGGCUGUGUGAAGGUGGUGGAGAACCAGAUCUCCCUCUACAAAUUCAUGUUCCCCCCCACCAUGGAGAAGCCGACACUGGCUUUCAUUGGCCUCAUCCAGCCCCUCGGUGCCAUCAUGCCCAUCUCCGAGCUCCAGUGUCGCUGGGCCACCCGUGUCUUCAAGGGGCUGAACAAGCUGCCCCCACAGCACGACAUGGAGGCUGACAUCAAGCAGAAGAAAGAAGCGAUGGCGAAGCGGUACGUGAAGAGCCAGCGGCACACCAUCCAGGUGGAUUACAUCCCCUACAUGGACGAGCUCGCCUGCCAGGUGGGGGUCAAGCCCAACCUGCUCGCCCUCUUCCUCACCGACCCCAAGCUGGCGCUGGAGGUGGUCUUCGGGCCCUGCACGCCGUACCAGUACCGCCUGCGGGGCCCGGGCGAGUGGGCGGGCGCCAGGGAGGCCAUCCUCACCCAGCGGCAGCGCAUCAUCAAGCCCCUGCAGACGCGACACGUGGAGAAGCACGCCUCUGCCCCCGCCAUGUCCCUUGUCUUCAAGCUGGUCGGGACCGCGGCCGUCCUCGCUGUCAUUUUUGCUUACUUGUAGCUUACUUGGUACCUGCUCUUGCUGGUUUGCCCAGAGGGAAAGGAGGCUUUGUGGUGUGCCGGCAGGGCUGGCCGGCCACCCCCUGCCCCACGGCAGCCUGCGCACCCCAGUGCUGGCAGGAGCCCUCGUCCUGCCCGGUACCACUGCGGCCCCACUGCAAGCUCGGGGUGCGUGGAGCCUCCCCGGCUGCUGAAAUAAUGCCUCUGUGCCCGCUCUGCACAUCCUCCUGGGGAGCUGCCAAUGGGGACGGACAAGGAAACCUGCUCACAUGCAGGGUAAAAUCCAGUCCCUCUUGACCAGUGCUUUCGACCCAGUGGGGAUGCACCGGCUUUCCUGUCACCUCUAACCCAGCUGAGCCACCGCUGGCUACACUCACACGAGAGCUAAGCAGCAAAGGCAUUACAGACUUCCUAACUGGAUAAAAGUGUGUUAAACAGA